AUGCCCAACGAAUACACCGAGCUAUGUCGUAUGUGUCCUCGCUCCUUCCUCUUCGCCGUCGUCGCAAAUGUCGGCCCUGGUUGCGAGAGCCGCCCCCUGGCCGUAGCCUACCGCCAGGGGGAUAAUUCUAUCGAAGAGACACAUCUGCAGCGCGUGGAGCACUUCGCGGCAGACACUCUUGCACUUAUUGAGAUCUUGUCCGAUCCUGCGAACUGCGCGCCGCUGGAGGCGGAGACGGUUCUUGCACGAGACUGGUAUUGGCGGACUCAGGGACAUGAUAAGGAUCAAUUUACUCCGCGACCCAGUGUUCCAGACUCGGUUCAGCCCGCUUAUGUGCCAUGGAAGAAGCAGACGGAAUCUUCCCAGCCCCGACCUCAGCUGCUUUGGCGUGAUGACGCCCCUACCGAGUUUCCAUUCGCCACAACCUGCCUAUUACUGGGACUGUUGGGCGGCAAAGGGGAUGGCACUCAAAGGAGUCGCACGCGUUCGGGCGACGUCCAGCUUCAGCCACUAUCCACUGUGUUCCUUGGCGAAUGCAUCGAGUAUGGGCUUGUCGUUGUGGACAUUUCCGACCUUGACAGCGGCGUCAAGUAUGGCAUCGCGGCCUUUCCCGUGCGCUACAUGGCCGAUGUUCAGUACAAAUCGGAGUCACGUGGCUGGGAUUCCGGGCAAGACCCCGCGCCUGAAAAGGAGCCGGACGUUGUACCCUUCAGUCCACGACCUCGACGGCUGUUGUCUAUUCAUCAGUGGCUAAACAGGUACUUCCACUAUGACAACCUGAGCAAUGACCCUAGUCUCUGCCGCCUGGAUAAUAUGCCCCGUCUUGGCACUGCCGCCUUGAAUUAUAUUUGGCCACGAGAGAUUAAGCUAUAUAUGACUACAUUCAUGGGCUCGCCUCCGGCAUCGUGGAGAGAUGUUAUCUGUGACAUCUUUAAAACGGCUUUUAUCCAACCUUUAAAGAGGGUGACCCGUAUCAAGAAGAGAUCAAGCACAAGACACCCUGCGGAGAUGAUAGCAAACUCCAUAUUAUCUGACCCGUCGAGAGGUACUUGCUUCGACUGCGCAGAAGAUGAUUCGGCCACAACCGCCUCAAGCGUCAGCAUAUCAGACGAUCAGCCGCAGCAUAUCCCAGCGGACAUGGACCGCGUUAUUGAUGAGCUGCUUGUCCUCACUCACCAGCCCGACGAGCAUCCCCUCGAGAGAGCAGCGUUCGGCAACUUGCAAAUAGUAUCUAGUUUCCCCGAGCAGCUGCGGGAGCAGCUCGAAGAGGAUCCACACAGGCUGGGCCCCUUUAAAGUCUCAAUCCAUGUUCUGGCUGUUGCGUACGCCGGACGCAGUCACCUCAACUGGGCCGCCUUUCUUAACCUCACGCCCAGCGUGAUCGCUGCGGCCCUUGCAUCUGAAGAGCUUCGGGGCGCGUCUGCGCUUAGCCUGGGCGCUGAUCAGUUUGGGCUGGAGAGUGGCGGAGACCUUAAAGAGCUUACCGUGGCCAUGUCAAAGUGCACGGGUCUAAGGCAGCUUUGCCUUUUCCAGGGAUUUAACGGAGAUAGCGACGAUUCAUCCACCCUUUGUUACUCGGAGCUGCUGCUACUUUGGCAGCGGGGAGCGGUAGAAGAACGAGGAGGUUCGGAGUGGCUUCAGUGCAAGACCAUCUAUGCAACCUGUGCCUUUUCAACAUCCCUGAGUAGCCGCGAAUGCCUAACAUGGUCUUCAACCAUCACUCGCAGCCUUGCCUCGCCCCACGCCCACAUCCUUCCUGUGAUGCACAUGUUCAUGUUUGGGCACUACCAGGGCGGAGAGGGCCCAGACGUAGCUGCAGACAACGUCCAGCCGUACCAGAACUACUACGCCAUGAACAAUACCCUGCUAGACGGUGGGAGCUUCGCCGUCCGCUUCCUGGCCUAUUUGUCGGCCUUGAGCUCGGGUUUGGAAUCCGAGAAAGCUAUUCUACAAUUUGCAUACCACGGGGUCUCAUCACUAUCGUCAGGUCAACUCGGUGUUAUCCCCAUCCCAGCGGGAUUUUUCAAUUACCACCUUUCGCCCAACGACCCAGCAAGAGCCAAACCCAGCGACAUACAUCCCGGCAGCUGGAUGAUACUGAUCGGCUCUUCGAAACAGAUAUCUGAUCAUACUGAAACAGUGGCGGACAUGCCAUCAAAACCUUGUGGACCACCUCCACUUGAUUCUCCACGGGAGUACCACACUGACACUAGGCAGCGCUCUGCCAAUAUCGACCGAGGAAGCCGCACGUCGAGGCCAAGCGACGACACCUUGGUCGCGGACAACGAUGUCGUCAUACAGUACUCCUUUGUGAAGAUCCGGCAGGCCUCUGCUGAGACGAUCGAGCAAGACCAAAGAAUGCCCACCCGCGCCGCUAGUCGCGCCGAGGUGGUUGGCGGGCUCACGGACUUCCUCCGUGAAACCGCGCCGGAAACCGACCUCCCCGCGUGGGAGAAACGGAUCGGGGAGAUGCGGAUGGGCCUUCGUGCCCGGCGAGGCUCCGUUGGAACAGGGAAACGCUACAUCGGCAUCGGGGAUAUCGAUAUGGUUGGGGUGAAACCCUCGUGGCCGGCCCUUUCAGGGAUUCCCGAGGCGGUAAACACGCACAAUCAGAAUUUUCUCCACUGCGUUUUGAACCUCAACAAAGAUGCGCAGCAAUACCUAUCAUUUAACGAAUCAAAUGGGAAACAGCUCCCUAAACCGGUAGUCAGUUUCAUACAGCAAGUAGCUGACGCCUGCGAUUUUCUGCAACACGAAAUUGUAGAUAUUCUGACCGCUAACUGCCGUAUCGGCCCCGAGCUGGCCAACAUCCGGCAGACCCUUCAGAAUGUCCAGGAACAAACCUAUCACACUCAAUCAAGUGUACAGAAGCAGAACAACCAGUCCUGGGCCUCUGUGGCCCGCAACGCGCCUCCCCCGGCCCAUACGACCUCGUCUCACGGCUCCUCCAGCACCGCCCCGGCCACUCCGUCGGAGCUCAGUAAGGAUCGCGGGGUCAUCGUUAAGCUACGGGAUGCUGGUGCAGUGCGUACCUACCGACGUCUUACGGCCUCGGAUAUCAAGCAGAGAGCGGAAACAGCAAGACAGAAAACAUGCGGCCAAACAGGGGCUCUCUCCCUAGCUAAGGCACGUUUUGUGGCUGCUAGACAGCUUAGGUCCGGCGACCUGAGUCUCUCACUCCGCUACGCCGCUGAGGCCGAAGCUGCCAGGACCCACGAUCAAUGGGUCAACUACCUGAGCGCGGGAGCCAUGUUACGGCGUCCCUCUUGGGGUAUCGUUGUACAUGGGAUCGUACUUAAGUCAAUCGAGGACCUUACUACCGAUACGGAACAACAACGGGUAGCUAACGAGUUACUCGAGGAGAACAGGGACUGCUGGGUAAGCAAGGAGGCUCAACAGAGUCCCCAAAUUACGCGUAUUGCGUGGCUCACUCAUCCGUCCAACCAUAAGAACCAGAAACCAUCUGCCCUGAUCGUGGAAUUCAUAGAUCCCCGUCAUGCCAACGAGGCAAUCGCACGAGGCACCAUUUGGGACAGCGUUAUCCAUAGGACAGUGUUAUAUGAUCGGACUGCUCGUAUCCGACGGUGCUUUAACUGCCAACAAUAUGGUCACAUAGGAAUUGUCUGUUCGAAUAAAACAACUUGCGGGCUAUGUGGGGGCAGCCACGAGACCCGGAACUGCUCCCACAAGUCUACCAAUAGCCAGGAGCGCCGCUGUGCAGGGUGUGGAGAAGCACACGCUGCCUGGCACAAAGGGUGUCCGAGGUAUGCAGCAGAGACGGACCGGGUUCAAGCCGCAGCAGUGCACCGACAAGCCUGGCAUCGGGUCCCUCCCUACCUGCAGGACUUUCAGUUCUCCGUACGUAGCGGUACGGAGGCCUCCAGCUCGUUCAACAGCGAGGGACGCAGCCAGCCGCACACAAGCCUCUCAGAGAGGCGUACAAGGUCCGUUAGUAGACCUGCAAGCGUCCGUAAUCGCUCAACAGUCCGAUUUCAACCGGGAUCUACGCCGCCGCACGCCGGCUCGCAAGAAGUAAUUCCUGCAGCCAGUGGACCCUCAGAUGAUAGGAUGGAUUUUGCUGCAGACGGAAUGGAUGCGCCUCCGCAACCUGACCGGGAGAAAGCCGGUCAGCAGAGCGAGCCGGAGAUGCCUGCCCCAGUAACCCCGAUGCCUAGGGGUCGCCGUGGACGAAGGAGUGGCAUGCAGAGCGUUACCUCGUCUGAAGGAACGCGCCGGAGUGCCCGUACCCAGUCCACAAUACGGCAGGAAGCCUCACACCUGGCCAUUAUACCAGUUGACUCACCAACCGGCGAGACACCACCCACGAAACGAUCCCGCAGUAAAGCAGCAUACCGAGAACGAUCGACAUCGGCCAGUGAGACCCCUACUGUCUCCCUCCCGAAGUCCCCGGUGCCAAUUACUGCACCUACCACGGCUCCUAUCACAAGGACCCGCUCAUUCCUCCGGGACCCUGCGGUCCUAGAGGCUGACCUCAUCUUCGUGCAAGAACCUUGGGAGAACCCCUACCAGGAUACCACCCACCAUCCUGCUAACGGCUCCCACCAGCUCCUAUACCCGGAUUCGACCGAGAUAGGGGACGAGCGGGCCCGCGUGUGUCUCUAUAUAUCACGCCAAAUCGAUCCCAGUACCUGGAAACAUACAGCGCAUUCGAAAGACGUCCAGGAAAUCGAGCUCACUGAUGCUGACGGCCAACAAGUGCGCAUCUUCAAUAUAUAUAAUCGGCCUGACGAAGUGGAUAGCACUACCCUCGACCUUGUUACCUCUCUAACUACCCCUGCCGGCCCUACUAACAGCUCUACUAACCCACGUUUGCUCCUACUAGGCGACUUCAAUCUCCACCACCCGGCGUGGGGAGGAGAACGCUCUAAAAGAGACUUCUCGUCCGACCAGUUACUGGAACUGAUGGAUACGAGGUGCCUGGACCUCUGGCUGGAGCCAGGCACUACCACGUGGGAGCGCAACGGAAGCAAGACCACUAUCGAUCUGGUCCUCGGCUCGCAGGACCUGACCCCUAGGCUCGUUGCCUGCGAGGUCAACGUGCGAAACCACGCAGAUUCGGACCACUAUCCAAUACGAACCCUUCUUGAUAUCAGCACUAAAGCCCCCGAGGCACAGCGAAGAAGAAACUGA